CGGGGAAAGAUGGCGGCAGAGGAGGGGAGAAGGAGAUAAACUUUAUCUGAAAACAGAAAUAGCCGAAACGCGGAUAGCUACCCACAGCGAGAUUUGAAACUCAAAGAGAGCUGUCAGGUGGUUACCCAGGUAUCUUAUUGGACACACUGUGUACAUUUACGACGCUGAUCAAGAACGACUGGAUAACUUACCAGCUACGGCUAGCUUGCUAACGUAACCGUAGCUCCUACUGCGGUGUCCGCUCAAGAGGAAAAAAGCGGAUAAACUUUAUUAUCCUGCACAGAGUCCGUAUUGAAUUUUCGAGUCCGCAGGGUGUGACUGGCACUGAUUGGAGCCUGUAGAGGUCAUCGAUAGCCUUGAGGUCACAUGCCAGAGGAGGAGGGAAGAGGAGGACUGUGGGAUUGAGUUUCCCGCCGGAGAGAGACCGACGCACGGUGAUGAUUCCGGAGCCAGCAGCGAGCACGCUAAAGGUCGUCUGGCUGAGAACCUGUGGAUGAAGAGGCAGCUGCAUCAUCUCGGAUAUUGGGACUAACGGAGCCGACCGCUCGCCGAACGCCAACGCCAUGACCAGCGCCGCGCCCGCCAGGAAGCCGUACCGCAAGGCGCCCCCGCAGCACCGCGAGGUCCGCCACGCCCCGCCCGUGUUCCGCGAGGACCUGACGCCCCCCCCGCCCCCGCCCCCCCAGCAGGAGCCCUGCCAGGACUCCUUGUGCGACUCUGACAGGAUCAAGAUCCUCCAGCAGCAGAAUGAGGACCUGCGCCGGCGCCUCACCCACACCACCCACAAGAUGGAGGCCAUGGAGACGGAGUUCCAGUCCAGCCGCCAUUUCAUGCAGGCUGAGAUCGGCCGCUCCAAGGACGACCUGGAGAAGAUGAGGGACAAGUUUCGGAGAUUGCAGAACAGCUACACUGCCUCACAGAGAGCCAACCAGGACCUGGAGGAGAAGCUACACGCCCUGCUACGGAAAGUGGAGAGGGACAAGAAGACGAUGGACCAGGAGAUAGUGGAGCUCACCAACAAACUCCUGGAUGCGAAGAACACCAUCGACAAACUGGAGGAGCUGAACGAGCGCUACCGGCAAGACUGCAACCUGGCCGUGCAGCUGUUGAAGUGCAAUAAGUCACAUUUCAGAAACCACAAGUUCGCCGAUCUUCCCUACGAGCUGCAGGACAUGGUGAACAAGCACAUGAAGACCAGCCUGCCGGACAAGGGGGCGCAGGCCCAGGACCCGGACUCCCUGAGCCUGACCCCGGCGGACGUGGUGCCCACCUCCGUGAUCGCCCGCGUGCUGGAGAAGCCCGAGCCCCUGGUGCUGAACUCGGCCCAGUCCAGCAGCAGCGCCGGCCGGCCCGUGGCCGAGGACGUCUUCGUGCACGUGGACAUGACGGGCCCCCCGCCGGAGGGCCAGGAGAACGGGGGCCAGGGGUUGGGCCGCCCGUCCAGCCUGGAGCAGCAGCACCAGCAGCAGCAGCAGCUGCUGCAGCAGAACGGCAUGUCCCGCAGCCAGACCAGCCUGGACGGCCACUCCGGGGAGGAAGGCGGGGGCCCGCCGGCGCCCUCCUUCGAGAAGCUCAACCCCUACCCCACCCCGCCGCCGCCCCACCCUCUGUACCCCGGGCGCAAGGUGAUCGAGUUCUCCUCCGACGACAAGGUGAAGAUCCCCAAGAACAGCCCCCUGCCCAACUGCACCUACGCCACCCGGCAGGCCAUCUCCCUCAGCCUGGUGCAGAACGACGAGGAGGCCGGGGAGCGCCAGCGCACCGUGCCCAACAGCCCGGCCGUGUCCGACGGAGGCUGGCGGUCCGGAGCCUCCUCCUCCUCCGGAGGGGGGCACCCCCGCUGCCCGCCCCAGCCCGACGUGGCCGACCCCCUCUCCAGCCAGUCCAGCCCCUUCAGCAGCCCCCCCCAGGCCCCCAGCGCCUUCGCCAGCUCGGGCAGCUCGGAGGAGGACCUCCUGGCCAACUGGCAGCGCAUGUUCGUGGAGAAGAUGGCCCCGACCUCGGAGGGCACCUUGGUGAACCGCACCUCCUUCAGCAGCGACACGGUCAAGGACCUGGACCGGCGGAGGAACGGGAAGGCGGCGGGCGACCGCGAGCGGGGCGUGCACCGGGGCGCGUAUUCGGACGGGGAGGAGUCGUCCCCCCAGAGCUGGACGGCGAGCAGGGGCUCCAGUCUGGACACGGACACCAGCAGCGCCGACCUCCGCAGCCGGAAGAGCCAGUACGGCGCCGACUUCUCCCAGGAGGAGAGCGAGCGUCUGCUCAUGGGCCUCGACCCGCUGGACGACGGCGACAGCUGCGACACGGCCGUCACCGUGGCGACCGCCGUGGAGCAGGCCAGCCCCGCCAGCAGGAGGAAGGAGUUCGUGGACGCGGCGUCGGCCGGCAGCUCCGCCGAGGAGCGCGACGUCCUGCCCCAGGACUUCCCCGCCGUGGCCCCCAGGGCCCUCCCGGGCCUGGAGGACUUCGUGGAGAAGCCGCCGCCUCCGCCCCCUCUCCUGCACGGCCAGGCGGGGCCCCAAGCGGCCCCCGGCCGUCCCCAGAAGAGCCCCAAGAGGAUGGGGGUCCACCACCUGCACCGCAAGGACAGCCUGACCCGGGCGCAAGAGCACGGCAACCUGCUGGACUGAUGCCCGCCCUCCCCCCUGCCCUCCCUGGCUCUAGAUCCUCACUCCCUGUGGACCCUCAGCCUCCUGUAGGGGGCAGCGUCACUGUCUCUCCUUAGGGCCUUGCUCUGCAGUCUGUCCUCCACCAAUGGGCCCCAAGAGCUGGCCUCCAAAAAGCGCUUCUCACAGAAUCGUGUCCGGACGUUGAUUGUAAAGGAGGUGGGGAAUUUUCCACUAACUAUACCCUUUUUCCCCCCGAACUGAUCUUUUAAGGUACAGACCCUGUUUCAAGUGUCCUACGAGAUUGAGUAUCUGAAGGAGCUGAUUUUAUUUUGUAUGUUUUGAAACGCCCUUGAGAAGACCUGUGAAUGGUAAUGUGACAGUCGUGCGGGCGGAAUGGUCGACUCCAGGGGUGUGGAGUCAUCGAGGAUGUAGCCAUUCCUUGAUUGUUCCCAUGACUACGCUGCAGUGGAAAGAGGAAAAAUGCAAGUUUCACCGAAAACCCAACUCCUGACCGUGCAGAACCGAAGAAGCCAGGUGGUGUGGGAAUCACGUUUUCCUCGUUUUCAUGUGCCCAUGGAAGUCGCCCCUUGGGGAGUUUGGUGGCACAACCUCUGAUACCGUAUUCAA